AUGGAACAAUAUUUUGGUAUCAACCAUUAUAUAAUGUUGUGCAUGAUAUUCCUUAUUAUUCAAAUAUCGUAUUUAGAAACGAGUCGAAAUAAUAAUAAACAUAAACACAAGAGUCAGCGUAUAAAGAAAAAGCACAGAAUAUUUGGGGGACUAAGGAACUUCAUCAAUCAGCCAACAUCCUAUGUAUCUAGUGCAAAAAUAGAUAUGAACACAAUAGACCAUGCUUUGAAUAAAGCAUGGGAGGAAGUUAUACAAGAAAUGAUAAAUUAUCACCCGACAAAUUCAAGUCCAGCAUUUAAUUACACGACUCAGCACAUAAAGACACCUCCUGGAGUAUAUGGAAGAUUAAGGAGCUUCGUUAAUAAAUCCACAUUAUCUUCCAUUAUAUCUAAUAAAAAUACUGAUUCAAACACUAUUGACGAUGGAGGGAGAAGCUUUACGUCAAAUUUUAGUAUUGACUUGAAUACAAUUGACCAUGAAUCAGGGAUAAUCAACCUUAAUAAUGGAUCCACACUCUCGCUCCCUACACCUGAUAUACCCUUGAGUUCUAAUGGUAUAUAUGCAAAGAUCAAGGUCUUGUGGAACGAUUUAAUAAAGGAAAAGUUUGAAAUGACUACAACGGAAGCUACACAAAUUGAGCUCAAAGAAUUAUUAAUUCAAUUUAAUCAGGUAUUCAAUCAAAAAAACAUAAAACAACCGUUAUAG